GUUGGUUUACUGCUACAAAGAGUUUUACUACGACACAUCCAACCAGAUCCUGUAUAUCCUUGAGAGCAAGCUUCAAAAUGCUGGCCAAUUUGUCUCAGUUCUCUUACACUCCAUGGCCUACAUUAGCUCAGGUAGAUGUCACCGGAAAAGCUUAAGCCAAAAAGGAAGUAAAAAUGGCUCAAUUUGUAAUGGACACAGAAGAAAAUAUAAUAGAAACUUUUGCUUUCCGCACCAUAUUUAAAGGCUCUGCAUCUCGAGACUUCAUGGGUGCUCUCCACUCAGCGAUAUCUGCCCUAAGUAUGCAGUUAUUCCAGCUCACCUUCACUCAGGAGCAGCUGGAAUGCAAGAUUAAGGAGGAGAUUCCACAUGUUGCCUUUGGAACAAUAGUGGAGGACUUCCUCAGUGUUAAAGUUCCACCAGAAACUCAGUUCUCCCAGAAUCUAUUGGCAGAAAGAUUGCAGAAGUAUAAGUACUUCAAACUGGAGCAUUUCCUUUGUGAACAAAACCCCCCUCCAGCAAACAGAUCCGCAGAACAUGCUGGUCAAAUGAGCUGUAAAGGUCUAGAGAAGGAGCAAGCAUUGAUGUUAAAGUGUCAGCAGGACACAGUAGAGCAGAGAUUGAAGGAGAUGAGAGACAGGCUGUCUAACUCUAGUGCAGCACAGAGAACUGUGUGUCAGGAAGAAAGCCCAUCCCAAACUACAGAACAAACACAUCCAGACAGCCAGUCCAUGAGCGAACACACAAUCAAGCCAGGUGACAACCAGGGAGAGGUCACUGAGCAGUUCCCCAGAAAUAAACAACACAGCAAACACAUGGAUGAAGCUUCUGGGAAAAGGACAUGAUGGCUUAAAGUGGUUUUGUAUUUUUUUUAAAAACCCCAGUAACUACAGUACUACAGUGUUACAUAUUCUAGAUUGUUAUGUUGACUUAAUUUUCUAUAUUACUUUCUAUCUCUAUUCUGAAAUUUCAAAACUAUUAGCUGUAAAUACAUUUUUACUGUAAUCCCAUAAACACUCAGUCAUACAGUUUAUCAGAAACAACUUGAGUGAAUAGUAGAAUAUUAGAAUAUUGACAUGAAUUUCAGAAUUCUCUAGUAUUUGGUAUGUUCCCUAUUGCUUCUCAAGCUCUUAUGCACUCAAGCUGUCAUAGACUCCACAAGUUUGUGUAAAACCAGAUGAUCCGGAUGAUGUACUUUAAUGUAAAGAAUUUAAACUCAGAGGGGAGUUAACAUGAUCAAUAUCACAAAUUUAGAAAUUGAACAUUUCCUUUGUUUGAAAUUUUUUCCCCCAAAUUCUAAAUUUCCAGUUUUAAAUUAAAAUAAAUAAAUAAAUAAAUCUCAGGGUUUCAACUUUGGUCUCAGACUUUUGGACCCCACUGUACUGUGUAUGUGGUGGCAUUGGAAAAAUCUUGACCUGGUGAAUUUUGGACAUUUUCUACUACAUAUAAUUC